GGGGCUCAAUCGAGCGUAUCUAGUUCCAGUACCACGCCCUUCUCGCGGUUGCCUCACGAUUUCGAUUUACUUGGCAGACGUGUUGGAAAUAUACGACAUUUUUCAGUAAUAUAAACCUCGAAUUGUUGGAUUAGAACCAAGUGGCCGCCAAGAUGCCGAAAUCGGUAAAUGUACGAGUUACCACCAUGGACGCGGAGUUGGAGUUCGCGAUACAGCCUAGUACAACUGGGAAACAACUUUUCGACCAGGUUGUCAAAACCAUUGGCCUUCGCGAAAUUUGGUUUUUCGGCCUUCAAUACACCGAUACAAAAGGUCUCGUUACCUGGCUAAAAUUGAAUAAAAAGGUUUUAGCACAAGACAUCAAGAAAGAAACGCCAUUUCAAUUCAAGUUUCGCUCCAAAUUCUUCCCGGAAGAUGUGAGCGAAGAGCUUAUUCAGGAAGUGACACAGCGUCUGUUCUUUUUGCAAGUGAAAGAUGCAAUCCUGACUGAUGAUGUGUAUUGUCCCCCUGAGACUGCUGUAUUGCUUGCAUCUUAUGCUUGCCAAGCUAAAUAUGGUGACAAUGUAGAUGUAUCUUACACACCUGGAUUCCUUGCGAGUGAUCGGCUUCUUCCUCACCGUGUGUAUGCUCAACAUAAAAUGUCGAAGGAGGAGUGGGAGGAAAGGAUUGUGAAAUGGUGGAAGGAACACAAGGAUGUGACCAAAGAGGAUGCAAUGACUGAGUACCUGAAAAUUGCACAGGAUUUAGAAAUGUAUGGGGUUAGUUAUUUUGAAAUCAAGAACAAGAAAGGAACCGAUCUGUGGCUUGGCGUAGAUGCUCUUGGAUUGAAUGUGUAUGAAAAAGAGGACAAACUUACUCCAAAGAUAGGAUUUCCAUGGAGUGACAUCAGGAAUAUUUCUUUCAAUGAUAAGAAAUUUGUCAUUAAACCAAUUGACAAGAAAGCACCUGACUUUGUAUUCUAUGCACCAAGACUUCGCACCAACAAACGUAUCUUAGCAUUAUGCAUGGGAAACCAUGAACUGUACAUGAGACGAAGAAAACCUGACACCAUUGAGGUUCAGCAGAUGAAGGCCCAAGCUAGAGAAGAAAAGCACAAUAAACAAAUGGAAAGGCAAACCAUCUUGAGGGUGAAACAAGAGCGUGAAGCAGCUGAGCAGGAGAAGAAAAUUCUUGAAGAUCGUCUAGCGAAGUUCGAAGAAGAUGCCAAAAAGGCACAAGAUGCACUGGCCAAGUCUGCGGCAGCCGCAGAAGAACUGGAGAGGAAGCGCAUGGAAGCUGAGGAAGAGGCGAAGAGAUUGGAGGAGAAACGCAAGGAAGUAGAAGAGGAGAAAGUCCGCAUGGAAAUGUUGCUUCAGUCAGAAACACAAGAAAAAGAAGAGCUUAAAAAUGAAUUCAGUAAAGUCAGUGAAGAAGUUCUGCGUGUUCAAAAAGAGGCAGAGGAACAGGCAAAAGAGGCUCAAAGACUACAAGACGAGCUUGCAGAGACAAAACUCAAAGAGGAGGAGAAUCUCAAGAAACUUGCUGAGGUGCCUCACAAUGUCCUGUACGCGACUGAAGCGGAAGGAGAGAUUGACAGUCGCGAGCUGGAGGCGACCUCAGAAGCUGAACAACAGACCGAGUUGGACCGUACAACUGAAGUGUCAAAGAAUAUCGAUGUGCAAGCCCAACUGAAGAUGCUUUCAAGCGAGCUUCAGGGUACCAGAGAUGACUCGAAACUCACCAGAAUAGACAUUCUUCAUGGAGAAAACGUGCGCGCUGGCCGAGAUAAGUACAAGACUCUAAGACAGAUAAGAAUGGGAAAUACCAAGCAACGUGUAGAUGAGUUUGAGAUGAUGUAAUAAAAGUUGAAAAUAGAAAAUAUCUAUCGAUUGAUUAACUUUCCAUUGUCCCGAGAGAUUUAUUGCAAGACGCCUGGCUUUCUUUUCCUCAUUCUAAUAUCAUUCGUCCACCUUUCUAAACCUGGAUGGUAGAGACUUAUGAAGACGGAUUCAUUUUUCAUGCAGAGUCAAUUGUAUUUUUUGUUCAGAUUGUUCGCUGUUUUUUCAUAUAUAACUAAUUUAUUCAAUCAAUCAAGAAUUAGUGGCAAUUCUAUAAAGCAUAUUUUAGUGGCCGUAAAUUGCUAUGUCAGCAUACGAUAUGGAAUAUUUGUUUAAUAAACGAUUUUUUUGUGUAGACCAAUUUUACAAAUAAGCAAUUUUACCAUGUGUUUUGCGUUUGAAAACGUGUCUGACACUGGCUGAAUGGUAUAAAAAUUUAGAAAUAGUACUUUAGAAAUGUAGAAAUUUAGAUAAAUGCAAUGGUGAUGUUUCCAAAAAAGUUGACAGGCAAUGAA